AUGAGUGCACAGGGGCAAAUUAUCAUGGCUGUAUGGGAUCUGGGAUGGGGAAUGGAGGAAAAAGACACAGACAUGGGUAUUGAUGCUCCAAAGGAAAAGAAGCCAAGAGUGUUAAAACGCAUCAAAAAGAAGAAACCUGAUUUAAAUGUUUCGUCGACCAAGAAAAAGAAAGCAUUUAGCUAUGGUCGGAGCAAUAUAAGUAUGAGUACAUCUAUUCAGAAGCAGAGUUUGCGGGCGAACAACAAGGCCCUAGCCUUUAACUUAGAGAGAACGAGGGAGGCUCUUCGUAUCGCUAAUGAUGCUAACCUUGAGCUACAGAGAAAUAAUCAAGAACUUCAUAUGAAACUGACAACAUUGGAGAGAGUAGCAGGGCUCAAAGACGAGGAAAUUGAAAGUGAAGUUAACACCAGGCUCAAGAAACACAUGUUGGAACUGAAAACUAAGAUGGUUGGUAUGCGACGACUUUUCUAUGAUGCUUUUGCCUGUAUGGAUGAUGUAACAGACAUGUGUAAUCUUCUGUCCCAUCGCACAAGUCAUCGGGACGCCUCCCUGGGUAGCUCUGCCAGUGACACUUCCAUUUCUCAUGGAGCUUUAGCAAGUCAUUGCAGGUCUCUUUUUUCUCAACUUCCCAAAACUGGCUUUCCUGCAAUGUUACCAAGUCAGGAUGAGUUACCUACAGGGUAUGAACUGACUCCAUCCUCAGGCAUCACCCAUGAUAUGAGUAUGAUUGUAGAAACUUCAGUGCUGCUUGAUGAUAUCAGACCUCCCAUUGAUCUGGUGGAACCCAUCACUGACAUUGAAGAAGCAGAUGACGAAAGUGUGAAACCAAAGAAAAUGGUGUCUGUGGGUGAUAGCACUGGAGGCAAUAGUGUAAAAAUGGCCCCACAAAGGGUGUUGAAACUGAGGAAUCAAGAUUCUACUUCAGACUCCAAGACACACUCCGUUUCCAUGGAAACGUUGGAUGUUCCUACUGGGAGUCUUGCCACAGCAAGCAGAAAGUUUGAUCGCCGAGGCACCUUUGUUAUCAAUUCCAGGAUAUCUGACAAUUCACCAUCAAGGUCAAUGUUAUCCAAGAAAGAUAAUUCAGAAAUGAAAGACAGAACCCUGAAACUAGCCGCAAAUGGGUCACAGACAAGCGUUGACCAAUGCCAGAUAAGCAUAGGAGAAAACUACUCUUCCACAAGAUCUCCAUCAUCAAAACACGAGACACCUGUCCUUGGUUUAAAGUUAGGGUCAGAGUCACUGAAUGUUUCCUCAAUGCCAAAAUCAAAAGGAAAGCUCCAUAAACAGAGUAAGUCUGAAUGUACGGAUAGCUCUGAUGAACAUGUUCGAAGAAAAACUUUUGUGGUGCCUCAAGUAGAACAGGUUACAGAGUCCAGUAAACCAAGCACCUCCAAGUCAUCUGAAUGUUUGUCUAGUGAUACAGGAGGAGAUGCUGUAGAGGAUAGACGGAGAACAUACUUACUCCCACCUUCACUUCCAACAUCGGCAAGCAAUCGAAGCUUGUCACCAGUUUUAAUAGGAAAUUGUGACGAUGUUACUCAGUGCUUCAGUCUAGACAUGGAAAUGACAGAAGUAAUUGAUAGUACACAGCUGAUACAGGUGGCAAACUCUGAACAGAAUCAGGCUACAGAUAGUUCAACAGAAUCUGGAGUCCUCAAGGAGUUACAGCAGAGAAGUGAAAGCAUCAAUUUGUUGCCAAACUCUUCUGAUUCAUCUGAUUCUGAGGUAGUGAGCAAACCAGCAUCAGUGGAAUUUCGCAUUCCACGGCCUGGGAAGAUUGUUUUCUCUGCAUCCAGAAAAGAGAUGGAUGGAUCAAGAAAACCAGUCCCCUCCAAACUGCCAUUGAAAGCUCGUUCAAAGUCAAAGAUAAAAUUAAGCAGGAGCAAAGGGCGAAAAGACACUGUGCCAGAAUCACCCAAGGAAUUGAAGUCUAUAUUUGACUUCCAUGAUAGGACUCCAAAGGCGAAAGACGAUACCACAAAGACAACAGGCUCUGUGUAUGAUUUAUCUAUGAAUGAGUCUCUGAGAGACACUGGUAACAAGCCGUCACUGAGUCAGUUCAGAGAGAAAUGUGAACAAGAACUGAAAAGUAAAACUCCCACUGUAAGUAAACAAACCGAUAUCAAAAUACUUCCUGAUAACCCAGUGUACUAUGAACCUUUAAAGGAAUGCUCGCCUGAACCACCUGUUCAGAAACGAAGCAGAUCAAAAAGCCGGACAAGAAAAGGAGAUGGAAAUGAAAGUUGUAGCUCAAGGGCACGGUCUCAAAGUUGUAGACGAGAAGAGGAAGAAAAAACAAAGGGAGAUGAAAAUAUGGAUAAUGUUUCAGAGUCGAGAGGGAGGUCUCGUAGUAAGCGAAGACAUAAUACAUCAGAAGGGGUAGCUUCACCUGUCUCUGCAAACAACAAAGAAUCAGAUCUUACCAAAACAGAAGAGGAAACAAAAAGUUGCCAGUCAAGAGGGAGAUCACGUAGCAGACGAAGACAGAACACUGAGGAAGCUGACAAUGAAGUGAAAGAGAGUGAAAUGAAAGAAAGAUCUUGUAGUAGAGACAGGAGCAAGGAUGUUAACUGUUGUAUGGAUGAAGACAUUGAAAAACAAAGUUUGAGAACCAGAACACGAUCUCGGAGCAGACGACGAAAAGAGCUUCCAGAAGAGGACAUGACGUUAGCAAAAGAUGAUGUUGUUUUAGCUCCAGAAAAGAAGGAAAGAGUGGAGCCGGUGUCCACUUCUGUAUCUAGGUCAGAAAACAGUGAAAAUACUAAAAGUCCCAACUCUGGAUCACAAAAUAUCAAAAGGAAAACAGAUAUUGAUGCAGAUGUGGACUUUGUUAGAGAAAAGGAAUCUCUGAAAACCAGGACACGGUCUAAAAGUAGACUUCGCAAAGAGAUGGAGGAGAAUGAAGAUGACAACUCUGAUAUUUGUGAAUUGAAACUUAAAUCAGGAAGCAGGCAAAUCAGAGAUUCACAUUUAAUUAUGUCAGAAUCUGAACUUGAAAAGGAGAACAAAGGUCAGACGUCAAGAUCAAAGUCACUUGAAAGAGGAAGCUUGGAUGAGGAGAAUAUUGAUCAAAAAUCAAAAAGUAGACUAAAAAAUUCUGAACUUAAUGAAGAGGGUGAAGGCCUCACUUCAAGGGCAAGGUCAAGGGGGAGGGCAAGGUCAAGGGGGAGAGUAUUGCCUGAAAAUGAAGAUGUUAAUAUUGAUGAUAGAAAAACCAGGGGAAGAUCACAAAGCAGACGGAGGAAGGAUAAUCUACCUGUUGAUUCUGAUGUUGAAACAGAUGUACCAGCAUCCCAGAUAGAGUCAGGAAAUAUUUAUUGUAACAAUAUGGAAGGAACUCCUGACAAAGUUAUAAGGAAAACAAAGUCAGCAGGUGAAGAUUUUACCAGGAAUGAGAAAAAGAGUGCCUUUAAAAGAAGCCAGUCCAGGGCUCGAUCUAGAACAAGAAAAGUUAAGGAAGGAAUGACAGAGGAGAUUGAGGCUGACUCCAAACAGCAGAUACAGCCAACUGAGGAACAUCCAGAGGUUGUGGUACUUGACAGCGAUGAAGACAAAUCUAGCUUACCUCAAACACUAAAGACUAAUUCUGUAAAUGAAACUUCUGAUGAUGAGGAGAUCCCAGCUAGUUCUGACGAGGAUAAAAAAGGUGCAUCCAUGCUAAAGUCUGUUACGAAAAAGGCAAACUUGAGGAAAUUAGAUGUUCAGGAAAAUAUAUAUAAUGAAGAAGAGGUUGAGGAAUCUGUCAUCAUCUUGUCUUCACCACCACCGGCACCAGGAAAGGCAAAGAAAAAGUUGUCACUCCACAAGAAAAACAGUAGAAAAAGCUCUGAUUCCUCAGACAAUAGUGAACAGUCCAACAUAGAUAAAACAAAAGAGAAAAUCAAGAAUGAAGAAGCAAAGGAGAUUUCGUCGGAGAAGAAAAGGAAAGUCAUCGAUUGUGAUGGAGAUGAGAUCCCACGAUUGGCUGAAGGUAUAUUUGUUACCAAGCGAGGCAGAAGUCUUAAGCCAAGCAAACAGACCAUGAAAGACGAGGAAUUAGAUUUUGAUUUUGAUAAUCUUAGCGAUAACUAUAACUUAGAUAGCAGCAUGCUUAGGUUACAGAAAACUCCCCGAACACCUGGACAAGAGGGGUCAAAGGUCAUCCCAAAGGAUAAAACAAGCAGUACAAAGUUAAAGACACUUAAAAGUUCAAAGAAGAGCACUAAGAAACGGCGCAGGUCAAAUUGUAGUUCACCUUCUGAAGUAGAACGGCUUACUCCAAGAAACAGAAAAAGCAAUGAAGCAAUAACCAGAAGUAACAAAGAGAAUGACAUGCCUACUCUUGGACUUUCUGAACAACUACAGAAUAUCAGAAAGAAGCUUCUUUCCCUAGACAAACGGCAAAGCAAAUCGUCAAUAGAAUCACAGCCCUCCACUGGCUCCAUCAACUUUGACUUCUCAAAACUGGAUAUGGGAAGUAAUGAACCUGAAAAUAAACGACAGAGAAGAGGAAUUGCACAAGUGUCUUACAAAGAAAUGUCCCUAGCCACUAAAAUGAGACGGGAAGAUUUUGAAAACUCAAAAAAUGCCAGGAAACCAAUGAGUAAUGUGUCAACACCUGUGUCCAAGUAA